AUGAGUCGAAACUUUGUGCCAGUAGUCCUGGCGGUGGCGAUGGGGAUUGCGACGAGUUAUUACACCUUCCAGCCCGUGUUUAGGGAUCUCGAGGCCGAGAAGAAAAGCGGACUACGACUUGGUCCCGGAAGCCAAAGCCCCAGCCAGUCCGCAGAACAGCAACAGCCCAGGCCGGCUUCUGGUUCUCUGCCCGCCGAUACUCCGAGCUCGAAGUGA